CGAGAGAAGGGAUACGCAGGAAGAGGAAGGACAGACUCCGCUGGCGGAACGAGAUCGACGGCCCGAUGGGCGAUAAAAGAGGGCGGAGAAGAGGACUCCUCUCUCUCUCGCGAGGAAAAUGAGCCCGGACCGUCGCGGUCCUCGAGAUCUCGCAGACGAGAUCGUCCUGGGGACGGUAACAACGGCAACGGUGGCCUUCGAUGGAACGUCGUCGUGCGGUGGUUCAACGACUUAGAGAGAAGCGUCCAUAGAGUUGUCGCAUUCACUCGACCGCCCUUUUUCCUUCGGAUUAUGGCGUGAGACACGGGCAGGAGAUAUCCUUUUACGAGUCGCUGUCGGAUCGCAGCGCAGCGGGGAAACUCUCUCGAAGGAAAACUUUUGGAAUUCUAGGAGCAUCGCAAUCGGAGAUCCUGGUGAGCGUAAGAACGACAACUUUCGGGAAGCAGCCGAGGAGAAAAAAAGGAUCCACCGAAGAGGAAUGAUUCGAAAUAGCAACAGAUCGAUUAAAAUGUGAAGCUCUGUCCUUGACUCGUCGAGAGAGAUAUUGCGAUCGCGAGUCGCGAUAGCGAGCGCGUGAUUAAGUACUUUUCGUCGUCGUCGAUAAGAACGGCCGGUCUCGGGAAGGCGGACAGGAUCUCACGGAUCACCUCUUUCGCAAACUAGACAGAGACCCGCGAAAAUCAUGUUCCAGUGCAUCAUACAGCAGAAGAACGGGUGGAUUCAUCCGUAUAAUCCCGACAACAAAGAUGUCUUUCCAGAUGGCAGGCAAUCGGUUAGAAAGCCGCGUUCCGUCGCUCGCGUGUGUGUGAGUGCAUGUACGCGUCGUGCUAGCGCGUCGUGUGCGAGGAGAGACAGUGCGACACGAGGUAUCCCCACGGUAUAGUAGUGACGUGCACGAGUAGCUGGUGAACGUGGGUGAACGACGAGGAGAAGAGAGCAGCCCGAUAAUAAAUAAAGCGGGAGAAAUGUUCAAACUGGCCGGACGCCACGAGUGGGAGGCCUGGACAAAAGACAUACGGCUACAGCUGAACGAGCAGCUAAGAUGCCUCGACGUGAGGAUGGAGGCGCAAGUCGCCCUCGUGGCCGAGCUCCAGGACUUUUUCCGCAAAAGGGCAGAACUGGAGCUGGACUACAGCAAAUCUCUCGACAAGAUGGCCAGAAGCAUACAGCUGAGGCAUAAGGAGCAGAAACAAAAGCGGGAACAAUGGCCCCUGUUCUCCAGCUACGCCUGUUGGCAGCAGCUCGUCAACGAGACCAAGUCUCUCAGCCGGGACCACGCCGCCCUGUCCGAGGUCUACAGCACCCAUCUCGUGGGUCGCCUCAAUCAAGUGAUGGAGGACGUGCAGCGAAUUUACAAGCGUUGUCGUGAGAUCGGUUAUGAAACGCACGAGGAGAUACUCCGGGUGCUCCACGAGCUUCACACGACGAUGAAGACCUACCAGGCUUACCAGGCGGAGUCGAGACAGGCGGAGACGAAGCUGCGCGUCGCCGAGCAGCAACGCAGCAAGCUCGAGGUCGCGAACGCGCCACCGGAGAAGCUCGCACGCAGUAAGAAGUAUAAGCUCAUCGAGAAGGAAGUUAACAAGAGGAAGAGCAAGUACCAGGAGGCGAAACUGAAGGCGCUCAAGGCGAGAAACGAGUACAUCCUAUGCCUGGAGGCGUCGAACACGACGAUUCACAAAUACUUCGUCGACGACCUGUCCGAUCUCAUCGACUGCAUGGACUUUGGAUUUCACAACUGCAUAGCAAGGGCGCUGCUGAUGCACUGCAGCGCGGAGGAGGGUAGGCAGCGAUCCCUGCAAUCUGGCGCCGAACAAUUAACCGCGUUCGUCGGUGCGCUCGACUCCAGAGCGGAUAAGCAGAGAUUCAUGGAGUCUCAUCACGCUGCCUUCAUGAUUCCCAAGAAGUUCGAGUUCCAAGGACAACGCGGAGAUGAGACACCCGAGCCCGAAUUGCAAAAGAUGUUGCACUCGGAGAUGGAGCAACGGCUGGCGCAGCUACAGCAGAGGGUGACUUCGUUGCGUACCGAGUCGGAGGAGGUAUGGAAGACGCUGGAGACCGCGGAGGCGAGUCUGCUCGAGAUGCUAACCGCCAAGGAUUACGACUGCUCGCGUUAUUUCGGCGAGAACGCCGUGCCUACGUCCAGGCCACCGGAGACGCUGCAGAUCAAGCUGCGGGCCGACAGGCAGGAGACCGAAGAAUUCUACCUCAUAAAAUUCAGGGAAUAUCUUCUCGGCACGUCGAGGAUAGCCAGGCUAGACGCGAAACAGGAAUACAUCCGGCAGAGUCUGCUGGACGGCUCGAACGCCAGCCCGAACCCGUCCAUCUCUGCGACGAAGCAGAAGCAGGCGCGCCGUAAGCGAAUCGGCCGGCUGCAGAUGAACGGUCAGCCGAAGUUGUUCGGCGGUUCCCUCGAGGAGUACCUGGAGAGCACUAACCAGGAGAUACCGUUGAUCAUGAAGAGCUGCAUCCGCGUGAUCAAUCUGUACGGCCUGCAUCACCAGGGCAUAUUCCGCGUGUCCGGCUCGCAAGUGGAGAUCAACAACUUCCGCGAGUGGUUCGAGAGAGGCGAGGACCCUCUGGCGGACGUGACCGACGCCUCGGACAUCAACAGUGUCGCCGGGGUGUUAAAGCUCUAUCUGAGGGAGCUGCGCGAGCCGCUCUUCCCCAUCAUCUACUUCGAGCAUCUCAUGGAACUGGCGCAGUUGGAGUCGAAGCAAGACUUUGUCAACAAAAUGAAGGAGAUGAUAGCGAGCCUGCCGAGGCCGGUUGUGAUCGUCAUGCGUUAUCUCUUCGCUUUCCUGAAUCAUCUGUCGGAAUUCUCGGACGAGAACAUGAUGGAUCCGUACAACUUGGCUAUCUGCUUCGGCCCGACCCUGGUACCCGUUCCCGAGGACAAGGAUCAGGUGCAGUACCAGAAUCAGGUGAACGAGCUGAUCAAGAAUAUCAUCACAUUCUGCGAAGAGAUCUUCCCGGAGGAUAUCGGCGGCACGCAGUACGAGAAGUACAUCAGCAGAGAACCGGACGACGUGGACGUGGGAGACUCGCCGACGGAUCAAGUUCAAGAAGACAUGGACUCGGAGGUCUACCCGUCCGAAGACGAAUCGGAGAAUCUCGAGGCCACGGCGCAAUUCGACUUCAACGCGAGAUCUGAGAGAGAGCUGAGCUUCAAAAAGGGCGACACCCUGACGCUGUUCACGCAAGUCAGCAACGACUGGUGGCGAGGCGCUCUAGCCGGCAGAGAGGGACUGAUUCCUGACAAGUACAUUAUGCUCAAGAUCAAGGAUGAGGAGCGUGAGAAGGAACUGUUGAAAUCGUCCAGCGAGGAGUCGAUGCGUAGAAGAGCGUCCAGCUCGGCGGACAGCGUUCUAUCGAGCAACAAUUCGCCGCUGAUGGGCCCGUCGGCCAAUCCCAGCACCUGGUCGUCCGGCGCCGCGUCCGACAUGUCGUCCGCCACGACGAACAUAAUAACGGACAAUAGUAACGCCAGCGGUAUUAUCGCGUCCGUGGUGACGAAUGUGCCCUGCAUCUCAUCGGCCCAGCCGAUCAUCAGUCGAGAGGACUCCGCGACGCCAUCGAGGCUGGCCAGGGUGUCCACCCCGGAGAACGAGAAGCACUCAUCGGAGCACCACCGUGCCGACGGCGUUCUCCAGAUCGCGCUGGAGAACAACGUCGUCGAGUGCUGCGACGGUGGUAACAAGACUGCUUUCGGAACGGACGCGAACGCUCAGCAACGAGGCAACGAGGAGGCCGAGGAACAAGGCGCGUCGGACGCGAAACGCUCCGGUCGCAAGCAUUGGAAGUCGCAGAGCGUCGGGGAGAACGUCGUAGCGCCGCAGCAGCAGCUGGCGAACUCGCUGUCAUCGUCGACGACGACGGCGGCGACGACGACGACGACGACGACGACGUUGGAGGACGAGCAGCAGCAGGAGACGACCAACUUCUCGGCGAACCGCGAGCUCUGGCAGCGGCGCGCCACCUCGCAGACCCAGCCGGCUACGCCCAAGUCCUUCCGCACGUCUCAGGAGUUUCGCGAGAUGCGGCAGAAGCACACGCCCGACCUGGUGAUGGACCUGCCGCUGUCCGCCCAGGACGCCAGCAAGAAGUCCGCCUCGUCCAGCAGCCUGAGCAGCUCGGACGACGAGACACCGAUGUCGUUGCCACCGGCGCGCGCCGAGGCCGCCACCUCGCCCACCGGCGGCCCCGAGUCGCCGGACAUGAGCACCGCCGCCGAGCGCUUCGCCAAGCAGAAUCAGUGCACGCUGAAGAAGAACACGAAGACGAGCUCGGACUCCGCGGGCAAGCUGAAGCGGCUCGAGACGGCGGAUCACGAGACCGCGGCCGACGCGGAAAACGACGAGAUCGUGCGAUCGGCCAGCUCCAAUCAGAUCGCCGACAGCGGAGUGCCGCUCAAAUCACCCUUGCCGCCGCGAUCCACCCCCAAGAUAGUCGCCAAGUUCGCCGACAUGCAUCUCACCGGCGGCAGCCAGGUUGUGUCGUCGUUCAAGCCGCAGGUCAAGGUCAAGCCGACGAUCCUACGCAAACCGGUGCUGCCGUUCCCGCACCCGCACAUGAGCCCUGAGCUCGCGCGCAAGAUCGAGAAACAGGCACAGAGCGCGGAACAAGCCAACUAACUGAUCGCCAUAAACAGUAAUAAUCGUCGGAUGGAGAGGAGGUUUUUCUUUGUCGUCGCGAACGACGCGCCCUCUCGAUUUUCACCCCCCUCCCCCGUGUCAUCCGAACGAUGUACUUGACAAUAACCGUUCCUUCUGUUCGAGAGAUUCCGUGGAACGGGGGCAGAAGGAGGAGCGCCUCGAGACGGUAGCGUGUAGAUUAGCGAUAAGCGCGACCACCCAUCGACCAGUUACUCCGCCCAGUCGCGAGGACUUCUACCGUAUUAAUUACCGAGAAGAAAGGAAUGCCACCGCGGAAUAGCGCUGCGUGUAUGUUCGCGUACUGAUCGCGCUAAAUCUCACUGCUAAAUUCGGCACGAGCGAAUUCUCUGGUGGACACAGUGGGUACGUGCGAGCGAGAGACCGCUAUCCCCGCGGAGGCGAGUUUAUUUUUUCUACAGAUGUUUUCCAUUUUCGCAUAAUUUUUUUACCAAAUGAUCCGCGAAGCGAUGUUUCUAGUCAUCGAGCGAAGAUAAGAAUAAGAAAAAAAUAAUGAAAACAGAGCGAGAGAGAGAGUGUGAAAAUGUGAGAAAGGGAGAGAGAGAAAGUUAAUAUCGAAGAACAUGAAUCUUGUGGCGAG